UCACUUCCCGUGUUGUUUUCUGUCUAUUUGUCCCUGUCUGUAUUUACCGUUGCACCUCGUCAUCGCCGGCCGAAGAACGAACAUUCCCUUUGCGACAAUCCCUAAUCCGCAACUCAUAGCAACCACAACAACCAAGAUGCAGUUCAAGACCCUCGCCCUAACCCUCUUCCUCGCCGCAGCAGCGGCCGAGAGCGUCCAGGAGCUCGUUGCGCAGAUCCCCGCGUGCGCAAAGACCUGCCUCGACAACGCAUCCACGGAGGUCGGCUGCGCCGUCUCCGACAACAAGUGCCAGUGCGGCAAGGCCAAUGACCUUACCCAGGCCUCUUUGAUCUGCGUCUCGACCUCCUGCACCUCCGAUGAGCUAUCCGACACGACGGAGCUCUCGGCCCGGAUCUGCGCGGCCGUCGCCCUGGAAGCUGGCGGCGACGCCAUCAAGUCGGCUGGCUCGGCGGCUACCUCGGCCCUAGGCGAUGCGGGCUCCGCCGCGACCUCGGUCCUAGGCAACGCGGGUGCGGCCGCGACGUCGCUGAUCGGCGAUGCUGCCGGCCACGUCAGCUCCCUCAUCGCCGACGCCACUGGCGGUUCACCCGCCACCCCGACACCCGCUAGCCCCGCGGCUGCGAACCCGGCUCCUGCCGACCCUGCGACUCCCACUCCCGGCGCUGGCAACCGGUUCGUCGCCGGCCUCGGCUUCGCCGCGGCUAUGGCUGCUCUCGCUCUGUAGAGAGACAAGGACGGAAGGAGAGAGACAGACGUGCUAGGUAUACAAGAUGUUGAGGUUUUGAGUUCGUGUAUAUAGAUGGCGCGGCCUUUUCGUGGGUGGCAUGUGUGUCUGGGUAACAGUAUCUUCUCUUGAGCGACGCACGGAAAUUAUCAUUCUUCAUGCAAUUAUCAGCACAGUUCCUUCGAUUGAAG